AUGCCUGUGACCUUCCAGGUCGCUUCUCACAAGGCAAACAGUUUCGAGCUCGACAAGAGCUAUACGCCCUCGGUAGACAACAUCCUGGAAGAGAGCUGCCGGCCGCAAUGGAGACGAUGCAAGGAGAUCUUGCAGAGCUCCCUUGAGGCGGAUGAAGUUCUUACGAUGGUACCCUACAGCAACGGGUUUGUGCACGCCGUCCUAGAUGCCUAUGGAGCUCAUCGUCACCUCCGGAUCAGGCCCGAUGAUGUCUGGUUGGCUAUCGUUGUGCAGCUGAAUUUCUACAUCAAUGCCCAUGCCGAGGAACUCCGUUCAUAUUUUGUUGCUCACGAGGGCAAGAAAAAAUUGGUAUUGCAGGCCGCCGGAGAUCGCUAUGCAGUUGACUAUGGCAGCCUUGCUCAGACAUUCACCAAGAGGAUUCACGAGAACGUCGUGGACGAUACAUUGGUGAAGUGGAUCCUACCCGAUUUCACCACGACUACCACAAGGGACACUACCGUAUGCUCGAUCGUCAUAAUGGCGAGCCUCAAGGAAUACUUCGAGUAUGUGAUCGACUGUAUCUGCGGCAUACCAUCGGUCACUUUAGAAGGAGAGAAGUCCGACUGGGUGGAGAUCUAUCGCAGGCUCGAGCGACUCUACGACUUCGGGAAGGAACCUUCCGUUUGGGCGGAGAUGCUUCGCCCUAUCCUUCGCCGAUUCAUCAGUGCAUUCGAUGGCGAGCCUGACGUGGAGUUCUGGAGCCACGUCGCAUAUCACCACUCUGAAAUGUGUGGAAGGGAAGACCUCAGCGGGUGGAUCACGGCUUUCUGCGUAUGGUCGCACAAGGGAGAAUGGAACUCUGUGUCGCUUCCCGAGAGCACUCCGGUAAAGCCCAGCUUCGUGCUGAUAGAUAGCGAAUCGAGGCGCAAACGCUUGAGCAAAAUAAUACCAAGGUUUCUGCGCAGGAACGCCAAGUCUCCCGGCCGUAGCGAAGAGGACUCUGCACAGGAGGCAAACGACAAGCCAAGUGGGAGCGUUAUGAUUAGACAUUCAUGGCGCCGGGGUAAUCCGACGUAUACGCUUGAUAACGUUCCCUUCUCCGUGUUAGAUGCGACAAUGAUUCCCCCAGGAUACUGCGAAGUCGACGUUACAGUCAACGAUAACGGUGUGAAGCUCGAGUGUAUGAUGGUCGCGGGGCACGUCGCCUAUUCUACAUCCUCUACGGCUGGAACUGAGAAGAUGGACACCGUACGCCCUUCAGCCCAGUGGUUUAUGUUCGAGAGAACAUGA